AAUCGAGUGGUGUUUGGCGGGCAGCAUUGAGCCGAUUGGUCCUUCAGUUCUUGCUCUCCCCUGUAUAGCCGAUGGUUGCAUACAGACGUCUGGACCCUCAAAGCAUCGUUUAACUCGUGAAAGAUUAUUUCACGUUGAUAAUCCGCGUACAAUCCCCGAGUUAUCGAAAUACAUUAAUUCCCCCGCGGUAAUACCUGUGGUGAGCCAAAGGACAUCGCCUGAUUUAUUGGAUUAUCCCGUGGCAAUCGAGGAGAUAAACCAUGAGUUCGAACGCUUGUUACAAAUGCAACCGAAUGGGCCACUUUGCACGUGAGUGCCCCCAGGGUGCAGCUGGUGGUGGACGUAGCGAUCGUGGACGUGGGGAUCGCGAUGGUUUCGGCAGAGGCCGCGAGAAGUGCUUCAAGUGCAACCAGUUUGGACACUUUGCACGUGAGUGCAAAGAGGAUCAGGACUUGUGCUACCGUUGCAACGGAGUUGGACACAUUGCAAAAGACUGCCAGCAGGGACCCGAGAUGAGCUGUUACAACUGCAACAAAACCGGUCAUAUUGCUCGUAGUUGCCCAGAGGGUGGCAACGACAGCGGUCGUUUUGCCCUCCAAAGUUGCUACAAUUGCAACAAAACCGGUCACAUUGCCCGCAAUUGCACCGAGACUGGUGGUAAAAUUUGCUACGUAUGUGGCAAAAGUGGUCACAUAAGUCGUGAGUGCGAUCAGGACGACAGGAAGUAGAAAAUGUACGUCAAUAUGUGCCAAUCGCUGAUUAAAAUUUACGCGAUAAGCUGGGUUUUUUAGGCAAUGGUGCACACCGACUACUGGACAAGAAAAAAAAAAGAGAAUGGAAGAAAACAAAUUUUUUUUUUGCUAGAUAGGGAUGUGCGGACGUCCAAUCGGGGUCUUGAAGCGUAUUUAUACGGUAUAAUAAUAAAACAUGAACCACUAAAGGGUAUCCAAAAAAAAAACACAAGUUAAUUCAAUGGAAUGAUGACAAAUAGAAUGGAAUGGCUCGAAAUGAUUGCGUUUGAUUAUUAUUUUUCUUUUUGAUCGCUUCAGUGGGAGUUCCUAUACCCUACGACGUCCCCAUCUCUCCACAUUUAUUUUUCCACCUUAAUUUCUCCUCCCGGUAUAUCCUGCGAUCCUCAAUCAUUUUUCCUCCCCCUCAACCCCUGGCUUUGACGACCAAAUGACACUUUUGGUUUCCUAUCAAUUCUCUUUUUCUUUAUUUGUCUUGGCGUUUUUAUUCCCUGUUAAUACCACUCACAAUGUGCGUACCCAAGCACAAAUCAACACGUUUUCAUUUACUAGAUUAUAACAUUUUUUUUUUUUUGAGAUGAAUUUGGUUUGUACGAAUUCGAGGUACGCGACGAGCGAUACAAUUGGUUCUGAUAAAUAAUGAAGAUCCCAUACAUUUAACCAAGACAAGAAACAUGAAUAACGAUGUUGUGUAAUAAUUAUUAAAGGAAAGGAAAAUGAAGAAGUGAUGAAAGAAAAAAAAACACACUGGAUUUUCAUAUUGACGUUAGAAUUAUGCUACCAGUCCUCAUCCCCCUACCCCUUCCCCACCCCAUUAUCCAAUUUAAUUAAUUAUUGGUGAAGAUAUACUUGCAUAAUUUUAUUCGUUGAAAAAACGAUGCAAGAUGUAUGGAUCAUGUUUUCAUGAUGAAUUUAAGGAGUUUUUUUUUAUGAUGGAUCAAUCAUCUGGUAUGAAGAAUAAACGAUGGUGUCUGGAUAAAUUUUAUUCGUCAUUCGAAUAAUAAAUAUUGGUAAUAUAUUUUAUUUUUUCUUUCGAAAGAAAACAAAAAAGAAAUAGAAGUGGCUAUUUCUCCAACUUCUCGUGCAUUUGGAACAGAAUUUGUAAUGGGGAUAAA